AAGGCGCGCCAGUGGCCACUCAAGACACUCCCUGCUGCUCCCAAACCCACCCCCCUGGGUCUUUUGAACAGGUGGGGCGGAGGGGAGAGCAGGACCAGGAUUGGUGGCACCUGCAGUAGCUGCCAGCGCCAGGUAAGGGGGAAGGCGGAUGGGAAGAAUCCGCGAGAGGAAGCAACAGGCGCAAGAGCGGAGAGGAGUCAGCAGCAGCGGUGAGAAUCUGCUAUUUGGAGCGCUGCGCUUCCGCUUUCCAGUGCGUAUAAGAUAAGAUUGCAGCCUGUUCUCCUGCUCCAAAGGCAGAAGGGAGCAUGGCCCUUGGAGAGUCAAGCCUCUCCCUGUCCGCCCCCCACCGAACAAGAGGAGGGACCUCCCCCGCCAGGGGUCAUAAGGGGUCAUAAGAGGAGAACUGGCAGAGGAAGGGGGCAGCAUUUGAUUUUCUCUGCCCUGCUCUUGCACAAGGCAAGGAACCCCCCAAGCAGUGUUGCUUCCGCCGCGCCAGGCACAGAGGGCUCGGCUUGCAAGUGGCAGGAGAGCGGCGAGGAGCCAGAUGGAGAGGCGGGCAGCAGUACAGGCGCCCCUCGGCACCCCCAAUCUCUGCAAAAGAGAGCUGAAAGAGGCCCUUUCCUUUCCCGGCCGUGGGUACAGAUCGGUGGGUUGGGGGCAGAAGCUUGCCUCCUAGCUGCUUUCGCCCACCAAGCGCAGCCUGGCAAGCCUCCUCCAGAACCGCGCCGACAGCCGCCCCGAUGCCGAAGCUCCUGCUCUGCGGAUUGCGCGCAUCCAGUGCUCAGGCGCUCUGAGCUCCAGCUCAGGAUCCGGGGGGGGGGAGGUCCUCUACUCCCCCAAGUUACCCCAGGCCCACAUCCAACUCACCAGAUCCCUUCUGGCGGACGGAAGGAAGUGGAUCUCUCGGGUCACGGAUCUCCCUUCCCCUCCCUAGGCUACUGCUCCUUUAACCCUUUGAGUCUCUCGCCCCAAAAAGCCCGCGAAGACGCAGGGAGCAGGCACGAUGAGGCAGGCCCAGGGGAGGAAAUGCCCCGCAUAAGAGCCUUUCCCUUCUACAGUACAGGGCGCUGACUUUCCAAGCAGCGGGGUUCGACAGAGCAGGGGUUCUCCAGCCAGCUUGGGUCCCCAGAUGUUGCUGGACUACAACUUUCAUCGUCCGGAGCGGAAACAGCCUUCAGUCAUUGAGCUUGGGGAUGAUAGGAAUUGUAUUAUUCCAACAGCAUUUGGGGAGAAGCUGCAGUAAGUGGCUUUUCCCUCCCAAAAGAACGCUUGGAGAAAAUGUCUCCCAGAGGGGUAGAGAGCAGCUGUGCCAGUCAGUGGCAGCAAAAGGAUAACAAGAAUUCAGCAGCACACUUAUUUUAUCCCCUUUGAUGGGCUGCAGCUCCCAUGCAUGGACCGAGGAUAGCAUUUCUGGCUCCUGAUGAAGCAGGCUCUAAUCCACGGAAGCUUUUGCUGAAAUAAACAUUUGAGUCUUUGAUGUGCCAAUAAUCUUGAUUGCUUGUUGAGAAAGCACACGCUCCUCGUUGGCUUGCUAGAGAGAUGCAAUCUCAGGGUUAAAGUCAGCGAGCUUGGACUCCUAGAGGGGCACAGAGCCUGGGAAGGUUCAAGUCGUUCCCGGGUCCACCCCUCCUGCGUGAGCAGCGUCUAUAUAGCCUCUUUGCAGAGCUCCGGCGGGAGAAGUUCAGAUGGAUAACUGGAUCCAGUUUCCUAGUAUGGCAUCUGCUUGUCUGGACACUCCAAUAAUUAGCAACGUGGUAAAAAGGACUUUCUGGCCUUGUGAGACUAGGCAGUGGGCCCCUCACCAGAAUCCUUGCUCAGCGAAUAAAAUGACUUUAGAGGAAGGGGAUCCUUCAGCCUGGUUGGCAGCUUCAUUUCGGCACAGGGUGGAAAUGGAUGUGCAGCAAAGAUCAGCCGGCAGUGAACUAGGGAAGGGAGUGGGGGAAAGCCCCGAUGUCAUCCAGUGUGGGAGCAAUGGGGAAUUCAGGGGAAGGACAGUGCAGAAGCUCCUGGGAGGAGACUGUACCAGCCCAGAUGUCCAGCGCCAAAAAUUCAGGCAGUUCCACUACUUGGAAAAUGAAGGGCCCCGAGAGGUUUGCAACCAACUCUAUGACCUUUGCCGUCAGUGGCUGAAGCCAGAAAAGCACACAAAGAUGCAGAUCUUGGACCUGGUGAUCUUGGAGCAGUUCCUGACCAUCCUGCCCCCAGAGAUGCAGUGCUGGGUCAGAGAAUGCGGAGCAGAGACCAGUUUCCAGGCGGUGGCCCUGGCAGAAGGUUUCCUCCUGAGCCAGACAGAGGAGAAGAAGCAGGAAGAGCAGCAGGUACUGAGAUGACCUUGGCAACUCACCCUAUGUCUUUUCCUCUUGGUAGUGGAGUGGAACCAGUUGCUGUUCAGGGUAUCAUGGCCUUUGAGGAGGUGGCUGUGUGUUUCUCCGAGGAGGAGUGGGCUCUGCUGGAUCCAGGCCAAAGGGCUCUGCACAGGGAAGUCAUGGAAGAGAAUUCUGGGCAUCUGGCCUGGCUGGGAAAACUGCCAUUUCCUAAAACUGACCUUGCCUCCUGCCUGAAAGAAGAAGACGAGCUAUUUUCCAGUGACUCCAAGGACGGGGAGAGUUCACAAGAUGAGAAGCGGGAGAGCGAGAAGGUGGGUGAAGCACCGAGAAGGAAAACUGAAACAAAAGAGAAAAAGAUGAAGGAGCCUAUUGUUUCUGAAAGGGCAGACUUCCAUGUAAUUCCAGUCCAGGAAGAAUGUCACCAAGGAGAGAAACAGAGUGAUGAGUGGGAUUGUGAGAAAGAUGGACCACACAAAGUGGUAUUAAAAAGAAACUGGUUUCAAGAGACAAACGAGAGCUCCAGAAGUCAAAAGAGACCCAGAAAUCCAGGGGGGAACCAAUCAAAGAAGCGGAGGAAUAAAUCCAUUGUUUUCCAGCAUGGCGUCUUGCAUAAUGUUCCAAUUCAACCAGAAAAGCAAAAAGGCAAGGAGCAGAGUGUCUGCUCAGUGUGUGGGAAAAGCUUCAACCACAAAUGGGAGCUUAAUAUCCACUGGAGAAUCCACACAGGGGAGAAGCCUCAUAAAUGUCUGGAGUGUGGGAAGAGCUUUGCAAGGAAGAACCGCAUGCGCAAAAGGCUUCUCAAAGCCCUUUUCAGCCAAGCGGGGAAACGGACGGCAAGAAGAUAUCCUGCCGCCCGGCCCAAUUUCUAAGUGGAGCAGCCAAGCGGGGAGAAAGGGGCGGCAGGGCGAUAUCCUGCGGCCCAAUUACUAAAGUACAUACGGUGACAAAAGUGGAAAGCGCUGGAGGGGUGAGUAAACCCUCCCCCCCACCCUUAAU